UCGAUUUCCCGGAUGCGCAUUAUUUCAUUUUUGUUUUGGAUUUUGGCUUCUUAUUUUGGCCUUUUACUUUGCUUCUGCCCUUUGAAAAUCGAGUUAUUCAGCAAUUCACAAUCCAUGGCAGGAAUGAUCAACUCUGCCAUUGCAAGAAUCUUCUCUGCCACUGCAAGAAUCCUCCUUUCCUUAACCACUCGCUGCACAGCUCCGUCACACCUCUCUCAGAUUCUAGCGCAGCUUAUCGUCCACAAUCUGACCGCAAACACCACCGUCGCCGCCGCCUUCAUCUCCUCCUGCCGCGCACACAAUCUCCUCACUUCCGCUUCCUUCCCCCUCUUCAUAAACAACCACACCAGGCCCCACACCUUCGUCUGCAACACCCUCCUCAGAGCCUUCUCUCAUUCCAAUGCUCCCCACACCUCUCCAAUUAUCUACUCUCACAUGCACACAAACUCCAUUCCCGCAAAUCACUACACUUUCCCUUUCGUGCUCAAAGCCGCCGCAGAUUUGAAAUUGAUUCAAGAAGGGCAAUCGGUGCAUGCACAGAUUAUCAAAUUAGGUUUUCUGAGCGAUCUGUACGUUGGGAAUUCUUUGGUCAAUUUGUACGCUGCGGCUGCCGAUUUUGAGAUGUGUCUCAAGGUGUUCGAUGAAAUGCCCGUGAGAGAUGUCGUGUCGUGGACUGUCGUGAUCUCGGGGUUUAAGGAUUCUGGGAGGUUUAAUGAUGCGUUAUUAGUAUUUGAUAGGAUGAGAAACGAGGGUGUGAUGCCUAAUCAGGUGACUGCAGUGAAUGCUUUGGCUGCCUGCGCAGGCUCUGGAGCACUGGAUACGGGCGUGUGGUUGCACAAUUAUGUGAAGAGGAAGGAGUGGGAACUGGAUGUCAUUCUUGGCACAUCGUUGAUUGAAAUGUAUGGGAGAUGCGGGAGGAUUGAGGAAGGGUUGUGCGUUUUCGAGGAGAUGAGUGAGAAGAAUGUAUACGCAUGGAAUGCUGUCAUAAGAGGGCAAGCACUGUCCAAGAAUGGGAAAGAAGCAUUGUGGUGGUUCUUGAGAAUGGAAUGUGAAGGGAUUCAACCUAAUGCUGCUACUUUAACUGUAGUGCUCAGUGCUUGUGUGCAUAUUGGUGAUGUGGAUAUGGGGCAACGUAUAUUUUCUUCGUUACUUGAUGGGAAGUAUGGAGUUCCACCCAGUGUGGAGCACUAUAACUGUAUGGUUGAUCUCUUGGCGCGUGCUAAGUUGUUUAAUGAGGCAUGUAGGUUGAUCAAUGAGAUGCCGUUUGAACCUUCUGUGAGUAGUUGGGGAGCUUUAGCUGCUGCCUGCAGAGCUCAUGGUGCCUUUGAGUUGGCUGAAUUUGCUGCUUGGAAACUCGUGGAGUUGCAGCCGGAGGGCAGUGCGUAUUACGUUGCCUUGUCUAAUGUGUACGCAGAGAAGGGGAGAUGGAAUGAUGCAAUGAGAGUGCGAGAAUUGAUGGCUGACAGAGGACUUAAGAAGGAUAUGGGUUGCAGCAUAGUCGAAGUUUAGAAUUCAAAGCAUCCCCUUGUGCUGGAAACCUGAAGUUUUGCUUAGAUCUCGUGUUUUGACGAGGGGAACGUUGCAGCUACACUGUGAAUACGAUUACUAGAUUAUGUGCAUUAGUCGUGUUGAGUCCUUGAUUCUUGAUUAUGAAUUCUUGAAUGGUGCAAUGUAGUGAAAAUGUUAGUAAAAUUUAUAUCA